CUCCAUUCCUCCUCCCGGCGGCCGGCGCUGUGCUUCUCUUCUUUCUCAUCGUCCUCCUCCAUUCCUUCUCCCGGCGGCCGGCGCGGUGCUUCUCUUCUUUCUCAUCGUCCUCCUCCAUUCCUUCUCCCAACGGCCGGCGCGGUGCUUCUCUUCUUUCUCAUCGUCCUCCUCGGCGUCACGAAAUGUCAAAUGGGCAACAUGAAAUCGAUCAACAUGCCUCUACAGCUUAUAGUGCAAACGAACUUGUUGAAUUGGAAAAUAUUAUUGAUAAAGAUGAUGCCAUGGAUGAAAUGAAAGAAAUGGGUACAGAACAAUCUUGGGAUGACCCAAACAGGAGGAAGAGAUCUGAGGUGUGGACUGAAUUUGAAAUCGUAACAGUAGAUGGUAACACAAAGGCAAAAUGCAAUUAUUGUAGUGCUAAAUUGGCAUGGAAGAAGGGGGGUGCCACAACUCAUCUCAAAAGACAUUUAAAUGCUUGCAUGCCUCAAAAACUUUCUAAGUCUAGCGAAGACAAAGAGUUAAAACAAAGCUUAUUAUCGUUUGAUGUUACUCAAGGUCAUGCAAUGCUAGCAACUUACAAGUAUGAUAAAAACAAGAUAAGAGAGAUUCUUGCAAAGAUGUUUAUAGUGCAUGAGUAUCCUUUUAGGAUGGUGGAACAGCAGUUCUUUGUUUUAUUAUGUAAAGCUCUUAACCCAAAAUUUGAGCUAAUAAAGCGGGUUACUUUGAGGAGUGACUGCAUGAAAAUGUUUGCAAUUGAGAAGCAAAAGUUGAGGUCAAUGUUAAGAAAUGUUGAUAAAAUUAGCUUAACGACGGAUCUAUGGACCUCAAAUCAAACAAUAGGGUACAUUUGCCUCACUGGAUAUUUCUUAGAUUCUGAAUGGAAGUUGCAAAAGAGAAUUUUAAACUUUUGUAGCUUGGCACCUCCCCACACGGGAAUUGCUAUUGCUGAUUGUAUUCUUCGGUGUCUAAGUGAAUGGGGGAUUGAAGAUAAGGUUUCUACUAUUACGUUAGACAAUGCAUCUUCGAAUGACACAGCAGUCAAAGUCUUAAGGGAUAAUUUUGCAAUCAAAGGAAAGCUUUACUUCAAUGGAAAAAUAUUUCAUAUUCGCUGUUGUGCACAUGUUUUGAACCUAAUGGUACAAGAUGGUUUAGCAGAAAUACGGGAUGUAAUUGAGAAUAUCUACGAAAGUGUGAAAUAUCUGAAGAUGUCUCCUUCACGACUUCAUAAGUUUACUGAAAUUGUUAAACAAUUGAAGUUGUCAACCUCUAAAAUUCUUCAACUUGAUGUGCCUACUCGAUGGAACUCAACAUAUGAAAUGCUAGAGUUAGCAUUGGAGUUCAAACCGGUGUUUCCAAUGUACAAGGAAAGAGACUCCAACUAUAAAUGGUUACCAUCCGAGGAGGACUGGAUACGAGCUACAGAGGUUUCAAAAUUUUUGGAAGUUUUUAAUGAAGUCAUAGAAGUAUUCUCAGGACGUCAAUAUCCAACUUCAAAUUUGUUCCUUAAUGAAAUUUGGAGAGUGAAGGAGAAAUUAAAUGAUAUGUCCUUCGAUACUAGAGAUUUUGUGAUGCGCAUGACUCGAAGAAUGAAUGAAAAAUUUGAGAAAUAUUGGGGAGACUGUAACUUACUAAUGGCAAUUGGAGCAGUUUUGGAUUCUCGCUAUAAAAUGCAGCUCAUUAUAUUUUGUUUUCCAAAAAUUUAUGGUGAGGAUGCUUUUCAACGCCAUAUUGAUGAUGUUCAUGAAGCUUUAGAUAUGCUUUACAAGAAAUAUGUAUCUUCAGAUGAACAAAUAGAUAUUGAUGCUAGCAAUAUCCCUAGUACCUCCUCCAAACUGAAAAGAAAAAGAAGGGCUAAUCAUGCCUUUCAUAUGUGGGCUGAAUAAUAUAGGAAUGUUAUUCCUUCAAAUAAAACUGAGUUGGACAUAUAUCUAGAAGAAGAUAUUUGCAAGCCUGGUGAAGAAGACUAUGACAAGUUUGAUGCUUUGAAUUGGUGGAAAGCCAACACUCUAAAAUUUCGCACUCUAUCAAAGAUGGCUCGGGACAUAUUAUCCAUUCCUAUUACUAUUGUUGCUUCAGAGGCUGCUUUUAGUGCUGGAGGUAGAGUGCUUGAUCAAUAUCGUAGCUCUUUGAAGCCUGAGACUGUAGAAGCUUUGAUUUGUACUAGAGAUUGGUUGCAUCAUGAGCUUGGAUUGGAGCAGUCAUCAAAUGUUGAUGAAGAGUUUAUGCAAUGGAAUACAGAGACUGGUCUAAACUAGACUACUUGAGAACUUGAGAUUUAUUAUGUUUAUUAUGCUUCUUCAACUCUUUUGUAGAACUUGAUUUGUAUUGGAUGUUUUUUAGUUUGGUGGGGUUUCACUUAGACCAUUUAAUAUCUCUUUGAUUGUCAUUGCCUUUGUGCUUGGAUGUGGUUAAUUCUUUUCUUUUUUGUCUGUGACCGGGCUUGCUGUCAUUGCCUUUUUUUGUCUGUGACCAUUUCAACAAUUGCCAGCCACUUGAUGGAUCAACAGAAACAAGUUAGUCAUGUUCAUGGUUUCUACAUCCUUUAGUUCUGGGUCGUCAUUUUAUGGUAUAGAUGGACGUCCAUAUUACAAUGCUGAAGAUGGAGCUAGUGGUGCAGAUAAAGAUCAUAUGACUUCUUCGCAAAGAAAUUUUGGUCCAAGUUCAUCCACCUAUGAGCAGGAGGUACCUUAUUGUUAUUCUUCUACUCAAGGUAAUGCUUCAUCUAGCAGAUCAUUAUUUAUGACUUCUUCGCAAAGAUAUUUUGGUCCAAGUUCAUCUACUCAAGGUAGUUCUUCUUAUUGUACUAAUAUUGGAUGCAGAACCUCUUGAAUCUUCAAUAGUGAGCACUCAAGAUGUUGACAUUAGUUACAAGCUUUAUAGUAACUAUUAUUUGUUUUGGUCAUAUAGACUAAUCUUUUGUUGAUUUUCAGCUUCCAUAUGAUGUAUAUGGCUAUAUUUUGAUUUCUUAAUAUUCUUAUCUUUUUCUGCAGGGAUAGAUGCUGUAAUUUAUGUGAAACUGAACAGCCGAAUUUGUUCCCUAGUUUUGAUGCAUAAUCAGGUGAUUAUUUUCCAAAAUUAUAAGAUCAAAGGAAAGACAUCAUGAAUUUAAAAAAUCACAUGUAAUUGCUGGAAUUGGGUUUUAAAUUUUAAAGAUCUUUUUCAAUUUCAGGAGCUAGGCCUAUUAGCUGGAACAUUGUUUGGAACUAGACCUAUUAGUUGGGUCAUCGAGCAGUGUUCGUCAGCUAUCUAUCUUCAUCUUUGUUUAGUUUAUUAUACCUUUUUUAUAGGCAAGAGCCAAUCCUGUUAACAUCAAUGGCUGUUUAGAGAUGCUUAGCGUGAGCUGAUUUCAAUGGCAGACCUGUUAACUCUCGUGCCAUGAAAUGAACAGUGCAGCUUUGUUAUGCAUAUGCCAUUGGUUUGAUGGCUGUGAUCCUAUAACAUGGCAAUUCAGGUGGCCGUUGGGUGAGGAAUACUCCCAAGGGAAAAGUGAAGCUCGUUCCUUGAAAAGAGCCAGGAUACACCCAUAGUUAACAUCGCCAUAGUUGCUGUCGUGCAUCACAGGCUGAACUGAUGCGUCAAAUAGUCAAUUUUCUCCUUCCAGGCCAUAGGAUGUUACUGAAAUAGAGCCAUGGAGGUUAUCAGCUCAAACAACAUCCAGAACACCUGGCGGUCACCAUAGCUUGCUCAUGCAGCGCUCUCUUUGUAAAUUAAACAGUAGAGGACAGUGAUGAAUGUCUAAUUCAAAAUUUUCUUGUCCUUUUUAUUGGCAGCCAAUCUGAUGAAUACCAUUUAAGAUGUCUUCGUUCAAGAUGAUGCAUCUUUUUAACAACUUGUGUUCAUACUUUCCCU